CCGGCUCCGCAUGCGCGCUGCGGGACGGCCCCGGCGGCUCGCUCGGUGAGGCGGGGGCAGCGGCGCCGCGGGGUCCCUGCAGCGGAGGAGCCGCCGGGUCCCCCCCGCCGCCGCCUCCCCGGCGUCCGUGCCGCAUUGCGGGGCCGCUGUCACCGCGCUGCCGCUCCCCGCCCGGCGCCGCAGCCCCGUGGGCGCGGGGGCCGAGCUCUGUCCGUGGUCCCGGCGGGGCCGCAGCCCCUCUCGCUGCCAUGAGCUUCUUCGGGUUCGGGCAGAGCGCGGAGCUGGAGCUGGUGCUGAGCGAUGCCGAGAGCCGGCGGCGGGUGGAGCACAAGACGGAGGAAGGCAAGAAGGAGAAAUAUUUCCUCUUCUACGACGGGGAGACCGUCUCCGGGCGGGUGGUCCUCACCCUCAAGCACCCCAACAAGCGGCUGGAGCACCAGGGCAUCAAAGUGGAGUUCAUCGGGCAGAUCGAACUCUACUAUGACCGAGGAAACCACCACGAGUUCGUGUCCCUCGUGAAAGACCUGGCCCGUCCUGGCGAAUUCACUCAAUCACAGACAUUUGACUUUGAAUUCACACACGUGGAGAAACCUUAUGAGUCCUACACGGGGCAGAAUGUGAAACUACGGUAUUUUCUCCGAGCGACCGUCAGCCGCAGACUGAACGACGUGGUGAAGGAGAUGGACAUAGUUGUGCACACCCUGAGCACCUACCCAGAGCUCAACUCCUCCAUUAAGAUGGAGGUGGGGAUUGAGGAUUGCCUGCACAUUGAGUUCGAGUAUAACAAGUCCAAGUACCAUUUAAAAGACGUGAUUGUCGGGAAGAUCUACUUCCUGCUGGUGCGAAUCAAGAUCAAACACAUGGAGAUAGAUAUAAUUAAGAGAGAAACAACGGGGACCGGACCCAAUGUCUAUCAUGAGAACGACACAAUAGCUAAAUAUGAGAUCAUGGAUGGGGCGCCUGUGAGAGGGGAAUCCAUUCCCAUCAGACUCUUUCUGGCUGGCUACGAGCUGACUCCAACGAUGAGGGACAUCAAUAAGAAGUUCUCAGUGCGUUAUUACCUCAAUCUGGUGCUGAUUGAUGAGGAAGAGAGACGCUACUUCAAACAGCAGGAGGUGGUGCUUUGGCGGAAAGGAGACAUAGUGAGGAAGAGCAUGUCCCACCAAGCAGCCAUCGCAUCCCAGCGGUUUGAGGGGACGUCCUCGCACGCUGAGGCCAAGACCCCCGGCCAGCCCGCAGAGAACAACGGCCGGCAGUGAGAGGCCACGUGGAGGAAAGCUGCUGUGGAGCCGGUGGGGACAGCAGCACGGAGGACGAAAAAAACCACUUCAGAGACUUCACGAAAAUAAAUAUCCGUUUUUGACUUAAUUCCUUUCUUCGAAGGACUCGUAGGGUGGGAAGGGAUGGGAGGGCGAGGCGAGCGGGAGCGCUGGUGGUGCGGAGCUGAAGGUACAUCAGUGCUUCCCAAUCAACUACAUUCCUCUGGGGUCGGCUGCUUUGAGGUGCAGAGGCUGCGGAGCUGCCUGAUCUCCUCUUUGCCCCGAGAGUCUUCAGCUUGGCAGUGGGGAGGGAGAGAGCAAGUGAAGGCCAGAUCUGCUGCUUCUUCCCAGCGGUGUGGAGGUUGCUUUGGGUGGUGUAGGAUGGAUGAUUUUUCUUGCCUUUCUGAAAUGACACAGUGAGCAGUUGGAAGGUAGAGGAGGGAGAAGGAGACUGAGGUGCGGCCUGCUUGAAAAUGCUGAGUGUUAUCCCCUUGCUGCCUCCCCUUCCUCUUCAUGCUGGCGUUGGAUUCCUUGUCACAAACAGUUGUAUAACGUAGUUGAGUCAGCCCUGGGGCUGCCAGGGCAGCGGGCGGGCUGUCGUGUCCUUGCUGCGGAGCUCCUGACGGCCGCGUCGCGUCGAGCGGGAGCUGCGGCUGGUAGGAGGGAGUGAGGCGUGCGAAUGUUGUAGGAGGUGGCACAGGUUGGGCAGACCAGUGAAGGUCCCAGUGCUGCUGGGUGGGCAAGUAGCAGGGACAGAAAGGCUCCUGGCCAGGGGCAGUGCCUUCCUAGUCAUGUCCCGGCAGCUGCCCGAGUGCCCCUGAGAUUCAGUCUCUCUGGCUGCUGCACUCAUACAGGUCCCGGCUGCUGCAGAGCAGGGGCAGACCAGCUCUGAGGGGUCUAGAGGAUAGUUUUGGAAUGUGCAAAAUAAACAGGGGCUCUCUUGGGAGCGUGCACAUGCUACCCUGCUCAUGUCUGUGUCCUCGUGGCAGGGCAGGCUUUGUAGUAGGCACAGGCGGCAGCAUAGAAACACGUGUGUGUUGUUUUGCUUGCUCCCUUGUGCCUGUGGGAUGAGGAUUAGUAAUUCCAGAAGGUGGAUGCAGUUGUUUGAAGAAGCUCAUGUGUGUGUGCUGCUAUGUGAAGCCAAGCGGCAAUUGGAAGGCCAGAAGAGUUCUCUGAUUCCAGAGACAUGUUCCUGAGGCCUGAGCUGAAGUCACCAGUGAGGUCUGAGGGUAUGAACUGAGAACCUGAAUGCAGGUUUCUUUUCUUUUCUAAAAUAAGCUUCUUUUAGUCUCCAGCUAAGUAGAAUCACGAGAACAUUCCCAGAAGGGAGUCACUCCAUUCAAAAUUAGAUGUGGCUUUGUAGACUUGACUGAGUCUGGAGAACAUCCACACCGUUUAGAUGCCCUCCAAGGAAGCAGGUGGUCAGACCUCCUACCAGACAGAGAGACAAGCCUGCGCUAAAUCCUGGGACAUGAGCUGUAUGAAGUGGGAUUUAUCUGGAUUUCCCUGAGAGUUUGUGGCUCACUAGGGUUUUGUCCAGCUUGCUUUUGACCCUGGAAUCAAUGUCCUCUGCCUCUGUUCUACAGCUCAGUGUAGAACAAUUAUUUGCAGCUGGGAAAUGGAAGUGUCUUCUGCUUUGUUUAGUGGAACAGUGCUGGUGGGGGGAAUGGGGCCUGGGUGGGAAGGGAAGCUUUUAUGUAAUAAGACAGCUACUGUAUUUCAGUGAUAAAUGUGUGUUUCUGCUUGCCAAAGUAAGUUAUCUUUCACUCACCACAUGUAAGGAUGUGUUUUUUAGUAGAGCUGGACAGUCUCACUCUGUUGUAGAGGACACUAAUGAUCUCAUCUCUGCUGAAUGCUCAUGUCGCGUCAUGUUUCUGCUCUGUAUAGUGAAGACGUGGCUUGCUUUUCUUUACAUGAGAAGUCUGUGCCAUGGGCUGGAGCCGUGUCUUCCUAAGACUGAAGCAAAAGCUUACUUUAGACACCCACCUUGCUAUGCCAGGGUGGUACCCGGCUGCAGGCCUCUCAUGGCAAAGGAAUCUGGAUGUUACUUUUGACACUUACUCUACUCCCUGCUCCGUGUAGGGGGAACCACCUGUGCUGUGGCAAUACACAAUCAUCUGGAGACAAGCGCAGCUCCCACUGGGAGCCCCUGGGGAUACCAGACUAUCUUUCGGCACCCUGACCACCCUUUAGCUUUCCCCCAACUCCCAUCCCACCUUGAAUUUUUUUUUCCUUGCUUAUUCCUCUUGAUUGUAGGCCAUGUGGUGUUAAAGAAACCCCAUGGAUGGAGAUGUCGCUGCAUUCCAAGAGUGUUUGUUUACUGGCUGAACACCCUCAGUACUGGGUGUAAGAGAAUUGUCUGACAGGACAAUGGACUGUAAGGAGAUUUCUGUUAAACAUCUCUUCCUCACUUCUGGAGGGAUUACUUGGAAAAGGUGCAUGAGCCUAUACAUGGGGUUGGUUUGGGUUUUUUUCCUACUUUGUGCCCCCUUCCCUCACAUCCCUACUUGUGGAACCACAACUUAGAAACGAUCCCCAUUUUUACUUACUCUAAACGGAUCAUUCAACCUGUUACCCACCAGGCCCUCUGUUUUUCUGGGGUGGAGCAGAUGUGCUGAGCAUCUUUAGAGAGAAGUUGAAGCAUAAGGUCACUCCAGGAGGAAGUACUACAGAAAAGCAUUUCAAUAGUAUGAUGAGGGACGGAUGCUUUGCGCGGUCAUGUCCCCGAGCUGGGUGGUUCUGUUCAGUACUCGGGUCAUUCCCUCUCUCCCCGGCCAAGGCAGGCAGGGGCGAGCAUACAAGUACUAAACCAAGCAGUGAAACCUGUAAUUAAGCCUCUGCUGUGUUUACAUGUUUCUUAAUUCGUUGUCUUUUCAAUGGCUGUAUUUUAAAACUCGGGUUUUUUGUCUCUCCAAUUAAAAAGAGCCAGUCCUGGCUGUCAAAUGCUGUGCA